AUGUAGCGGUUUCAUGCUAGUUGGCAGGGAAGUGUGUGGUUCUGGUAUAAUGCUACCGCGUAAUUUCAGUUAACUGUAACCGACAGACAUGUAGCGGCGACUGUAAAGGAAAAAUUGGCACUUACUUUGUGUUACAAACGGUAUAAAGCACACGGCAUAGUAACUGUGAUGGUAGUUUUCAAACAGUAAUGUUAACGUUACGGUGCGAGGCGUCAAAAGCAACACAGGACGAGUUGUAUGUCCCCCGCUAAACAUUUUUACGACGGCACCUCAAGAUCAGUGAGCCCGUUGGCUUUAUAACUGGUUUCCCAACGCACAAGGAGAGCUUUGACUGGGACAGAAGAAAAAAUGCCAUCAAGAAACCAUCUUGACAAAAUCGGGAGGAAGAAGAAAAAGAAAUGGACAGAGGAGGCCAUGGAACGUGCACUGAUCGAGGUGAAGUCGGGGAGGUGUACGGUGAGACAGGCUGCCAAGGAGUUUGGAGUCCCUAAAUCUUCACUGGGGGACAGAGUCAGUGGCCGUGUGGCGCCAGGGAGCCGAAGCGGGCCAGCUCAACUUAUAACAUCCGCCGACGAGGAGCUGUUGGUGGAGUUCUCUUUAUACAUUUCCAAGCACGGAUUUCCACUGACCAAGCAACAGCUGGUGUCCUUCGCCUCAUCCAUUUAUAAGCGGCAGCAUCGGAGGGUGGCGUUUUCUAAACUAGGCCAGACCUGGUGGCUCAAUUUUAGAAAACGUCAGGAAAAGAAUAUUAACAUUCAGCCAGCAGACAAUGUUGUCCGUGGGAGGACGGUGUGUGUGAGGAAGGAAGCCGUGGAUCAGUUUUUUCAUUUACUCAGCACUGUCAUGGACGCUCAUGGGCUGAGAGACAAGCCUCACCAAAUCUUCAACUGCAAUGAGACGGGCUUUCAGCUGGGCAGGAAGCGGGUGAUUCUCCCCAAAUCUGUCAGUCUGGGCUACAAGCCAGCGCCAGGCUUGAGAGACCACAUCUCUGUCCUGGCUUGCUUUAGCGCAGCUGGAGAGGACAUUCCCCCAUUUAUUAUCUACUCAAAGGCCUAUCCAGGGGGUGUAUGUUACAAGACACAAGGGCCUCCAAAUGCCCUCUACGGGUGGUCAGACUCGGGUUGUAUCAACUCUGACCUUUUCAAGAAAUGGUUCCUCAAACACUUCCUCCUGCACGCACCCAAGGUGCGUCCUCUGCUGCUGAUUUUUGAUGGCCACAAGUCUCCUGUGAACCUUGAGGUGGUGGAAGCGGCUCGCAAGGAGGACGUCAUCCUUCUCUGCCUUCCGCCUCACUGCUCUCAUGUCCUGCAGCCACUGGAUGCGGGACUCUUUGUCCUCCUGAAGCAGCGUUUCGCGGCACUCUUAGGUGAUGGUUGUGCCACUGAUACUCACGUUGCAGUCAGCAAGAAAGAGUUCUCAGGUGUAUUUAAAGGGACGUAUCAGGUAGUGAAGGAGGAGGAGGGUGUCAGGACUGUGAAGGAAGGCUUUAGGAAAUGUGGUAUGUACCCCGUGAACCACUUCGCCAUCAGCGAGGGUCAUUUAAUGCCAAUGCACGGCAUGGGCCCAGCAGCUGGGCCCUCCUUGUCUACGUCAGCACAGGCGGUGCAGACUGUAGGAGACCUCACAGCUGCUGGAAACUCCUCCAAACUCAUUACUACGCAGUCAGCCGUCAGUACCUUUGAGGAAAGAGGUUGCCUGCAUAACUAAACAAAACCUGAAUGAACACUCCCGUUCGAGUAUCCACCUCCCCGCGCCUCCCUGCAGAGAUCCCUGUCAGCUCCCCUGAGGAAAGGGGUGUGUUGAUAUGAAAUACUUGAACGUUGUGCUCCAAUUUAGAGUCAAGUGAAAAUGCUUGAAUGCUGUAUGACGGCGGUUCCCAAUCUGGUGGUGUUUAAAGAAAAAUAUAUACAGUAUUUCUAUUUUCUGUAGUCUGUAAGAUUUCUCUAUUUAUUGCAUUUUCCCUGCGAAAUACCGGAUACUCUCACCACUUCAGACCUCUAAAAAACUUUAAAACAAAACAGGCCGAGGCAGGAAAGACACUUUUUGGUUGAAGAUCAUGUCAUUAAGGCCGUAACCUGUGAGGAGUAGUCACAAGUAGAAGAUGCUUCAUUUUACAGGACCACAAGCCAAAACAGAUUGAGGACUACUGCUGUGACUUAAGCUCUCUCAUUUUGUCUUGUGGGUGAUAGAUCCGCCAGCUAGCAAAGCAACACCAAGCAACAAGAAUACAGAAAAACUUGUGCUUGAUUUGUAUUUUAGUUGAUCCUUGACAGAAAGCAGUAGGCUGUUCUACAAAGUGUGUGCAUUGUUCUGGACUGAUCAAACAAGUUGUUCACUAGUUUAAUGUGUAUUCAUUCAGCUAGCAUGUUAACAGAUUUACCUCAUUGCUCUCAACGUGCUUACAAAGACGAAAGGACAGAUUUAAAACUUAGCCACAUUGUUCUCCAUAAUCACAGGAACUAUUACAUUGUGAAAAUGUAGUUAGAAGUCGCGGUCUGGCAAGAUUUAAUAUGUUCCAGUAUCCAUGCAGAAGAUUUUCAACAGAAGAUCUACCCAUCGGUAGAGGGAUAAACAGUGAUUGUCUUUAAUAUAGAUAGAAGGGAAACACACUGAGUAUUCUGAAUGUAUUUGCCCUUUUCCUAUUCACACAGAAAAAUGGACCCUACAAGACCAUCUCAGGGGAAACAAACAGAAUAAACGUAUUUUUGAAAUAUUUCUGUAGCAUGAAUGUGUCCAUAAGCUUAAUAAUUUACUAAAGGUAUGUUUGUGCGUGCGUGCGUGCAUGCGUCUUGCGUGCGUGUUAAAGUCAGGUGAUGUAAUAUCAGUGCAAUAGAUACAAGUGGCAGUGAUACACAGGCAGGGAACACUACUGCAUGUAUUAAUCAUCAUUACUGUGUAAAUAGUUAAUGAGUGUUUACAUCUUUACAGUCUAUUAAAACAAAGUACACAACUGAAUAUGGCUUUAUUUCUAAUCACUGAAUGCCAUUUUACAGAAAAUGAAUAUGUCUAUGCUCAGCAAAACAAUGAGAUUACUAUUUAACACACAUUAUUAAUAAACAUUGAUGGCUGAUAAAAUAUUUGUAGAG